AUGUUUCUAAAGAAUAUGUUUAAGAGAUAAACUAGAUUUGAGAAGCAUCUAUUUGAGAGCACAAUCUAUGAUAAUUCAGAAACUGUUGAUUUGGAGGAUAUAAAAAAAAUGUUAUAAGGUAAGUAUUAAUAAUUACAAAGGGUAUCCAUCUAAAGAAGAAGAGGAUCAAUUAGUCUAGAGUAUGACAAUAGUUCAAAUAUUCAAAGAGUUCAUAAGACUUAUACCAUAAUAAUUGGAAAGUCUUAAAAAAUUAAAAGUAUUAUUAACUAUCCAUGUCUUAAUGGGAGAUAUCAAGCAUGGCAGACUAUUUGUGUAAUAAUUCCUUGGAUGGAUUGGUUGGUAACAUACAGAAUAAAAGGAUGCUUUUAGUAAGUUCUCUUCUGUAUAAACAAUGAUAAUACAAAAAUUAGCAUUGAUCAGCGAAAUUAUAUCAAAAAGUAAAAUGAAAUCCAAUGUUAAUGCUUUAUGUAAUUACAUCUGAAGUAUAAUAUUUUAGUUAAGGAUAUCGAUUCUAAUGUAAUGCAAUUUUAUAAAAUGAUUAAUGCUCUCAAUCUUAUCCUUGGAUAACAUGAAGUAAACAUAUAUUUUUGACAUAAGUUUUACGCACAGGUUUUUUCAUCGAACAGCAGAAUAAUAGUAAUGGAAAUCUAUUUAUUAUUGUGGAAUGAUGUUAUUGCACUUUAUUUAAUGUUGGAAAGGUAAUUUUAUAGAAUAUCCUAGUUCAUAGGUUUGUACGAUAAUUCUUAGAUUGUUAUUAACAAAUGGAUCAAUAGUAAUCUAUCUAAGUUUAUGAAUUAUUCAAUGAAUAUAUUAAACUAACACCAUAAGUAAAACGAUUUGCACAAUUAUGUGUAUUCUUUUAAAAUUGCAAUGUUAAUGAACCUAAAUGGUAUCAACCAACUAAAAAGGAACUAGAAGAAUUAUAAAUUUAUUUUUAGAAUGUCAAAAUUUACUUAACUAGUAGAUCAAAAAGAUUAAAAAUUGAGAAAUAAAGCCUACAACCAAAUAGAAGCUGUUAAACUACUGGCAGAGAUUUGAAAAAAUCUUAAUCCCAAUCAUAAAUAAUUCCUAAGGGUGAUUCAAAAUAGUAAUAAGAUGAUUAUUUAUCUAAUACUACUAUGGGCUAUGCAAAAAGAAUAUAUUAAGGAAAUAAUGCAUCUUAAGCUCUCUAAUACACAUUUGAGAGUGAUUGUUAAACUGGUGAUGCAAUUAAAUAAUGA